CACAUCUCAUGGUACUCUGGAUCUUAAAGAAUGGCCAUGGAAGCCGUUCAAGCAAGCUCUAGAAAUAGCACAGAGCCGAAUUCGAGCACCAGGAUUUCAUUCUCGGCUGAUUUCCUUGAUGAAACCAACUUCAUAUCCAUCAACCCACAUUCUAAAAACGAAGGGAUGGAUGCAGAGGAGACAGAUAAAGCGAGAGUUGCCGACUUCGAGUUCCUUUCGAGCAAAGUGAGCAGCAAUGCUGUGUUGACGGCCGACGAGCUUUUCUUCGAGGGAAGGCUGCUCCCCUUUUGGCAGAAGCAGCAUUCCGAGAAGCUCAAACAAAUCAGCCUAAGAAAAAAUAAAGUGGAAAAUGAUGAAGACGACAACAGUGGGAUGGUGGUGGAAGAGGUAAUAAACAAAGAUGAGAGCAGCAGGGUGAGUUGGUUUGUCGAUGACGUCCCCUCCCCGAGGCCGCCGAAAUGUACCAUGCUGUGGAAGGAGUUGCUGAGGCUGAAGAAACAACGCCCUUCGUCUUUGUCGCUGUCGUCUUCCUCGUCGUCGACGUCGUCGUCCUCGAGCUCAUUGGGGGACGUAGAUGCAUCUGUAGAAGGGAAACAAGGGUCUGGGAAUAGAGAUAAUAACCAUGUGAAGAGGAUAAAGAAAGGGUCGGAGAGAACAAGAUCAGCAAGCAUUAGAAUCAGGCCAAUGAUUAAUGUGCCUAUCUGUACGCAAGUCAAGAGCAGUGCAUUGCCUCCUCAGGUCCCUCUUAGGAAAGGAAGAUUAGAGAGGUGAAGGCAAAAAAAGAACAAAGCCAUAGCUGAGUUUGAUCUGAAUCUAGGCUUCUUCAAUAUGUCCCAUUUGUUUUUAAUUUUCAAAUUUCAAAAUUUUCUGCUCUUUUUUCCCCCUAAUGUCUAGAUAAAAUCUUUGAAUAUGAUGGAUGGAAGUUCAGUUCAGAUGCAUUACAA